AUGACGACUCCCACCGAAACUCCUACCACUGUGACUCUGAAGGACUCCGAUUACGGACGAAUCCUCAGAACAAUUGAGAAUUGCGCGUUCAGCGAAACCGCCAUCCUCACCCCCACGUACUCCCGAGAGAUCGACAACAUCCUCGGUGAUAUAAGUGCAACCAUUGCAUCAGGCACCUCCCUCGCCGUGCACAUCAUUAAAGCCACGAAGUUGCUAGAAGAAGCUGCACUUCGUACAGACCUAGACGAAGGUACUCAGACACUCACCGUGCUCCACCUUCAGAACAGAAUUCGCGCUGAAGGUGAGGAAUCUUGA